CAAAGUUCUGGGGGCUCAGGUCUGGGGCGAGUCUCAGCCCCUAGUGGCCCUGGAGUCACUGAUGGGACUAGGGGCACCUCCUCUCCUGUGAGAUACCAGGGCUUGGCCUUGACACACUCCAGGUCAGACGGCAGCUGCCGUAAUUACUGCUCAGCAGGCCUUGAGCAAAGGUCUGUGAGCUGAAAUUGCUUCACCAUAAAACGGGGGUAUUAUUAACCCUUAACUUUUAAGGGGCGAGAAUCCAAUGAGAUGCCCGGUGGAGCUAGAUGGUAGGUGGUAGCUAAUAGUAGGUGUUAGCUAAUAGGAUGUAGGUGGUAGCUAAUAGGAUGUAGGUGGUAGCUAAUAGGAUGGCGCUCAGGUUCUGUGAUUCCGUGAUGGAGGCCCAUAUGGGGAGCCGCUAAAACAUCACGGGACACAGAGCAUCAAAGAAGGGAAAGCAAUCAGAUAGCUUCCCUUCUCUGAGGCCCACCGAUGCUAAACGCGACACGCCUGCCCGCGGUCCUUCUGCCCACCUUGCGCCCGGGCUGCACGCGGAGGACGUUUCCAUCCCGGCCGCCGUGAGCUCUCCGCCUCUGACCCCCCCAGGCCGGGCCCGGGGGCCUGGGCUCUGGUGUGGGAGGCGCUUUCUCCUCCUCUGCUAGGUCUUCCUGGCCCGGAGGGGGCCACAGAACGUCCGAGGAGCCCUCGGCCUGGAGUGUGGGCGACUGGUCCUUCCCCUCCCCUCCCCAGCGGGACAAAGACCCGGCCUUCCCCAUUCUUCCUGCCAUCGGCAGGCUCACUUGGUGGCAGAGGGGCCGCGGGGGCCGCGGAGAGACGCCCCCCUCCGCAACCCCCGUCCUCGGUGCGCCUCCCACUCCUCCGGACCCGGUGGCACAAAUCUGGUGCCAGGAUGACCGAGCGCUUCGACUGCCACCACUGCGAGGACUCCCUCUUCGGCAGGAAGUACAUCCUGCGGGAGGAGCGGCCCUACUGCGUGGCCUGCUUCGAGGCCCUCUUCGCCAGCACGUGCGAGGAGUGCGGGAAGCUGAUUGGCUGCGACUGCAAGGACUUGUCCUACAAGGACCGACACUGGCACGAGGCCUGUUUCCACUGCUCGCGGUGCAGGGGGUCCCUUGUGGACAAGCCGUUCGCUGCCAAGGAGGACCAGCUGCUAUGCACCGACUGCUACUCGCAGGAGUACUCGUCCCGCUGCCAGGAGUGCAAGAAGAGCAUCAUGCCAGGCACCCGUAAGAUGGAAUACAAGGGUAGCAGCUGGCACGAGACCUGCUUCAUCUGCCAUCGCUGCCAGCAGCCCAUCGGAACCAAGAGCUUCAUCCCGAAGGACGGCCAGAACUUCUGCGUGCCCUGCUAUGAAAGGCAGUAUGCCUUGCAGUGCGUUCAGUGCAAAAAGCCCAUCACCAGCGGGGGCGUCACGUACCGGGAGCAGCCCUGGCACCGCGAGUGCUUCGUGUGCACCGCCUGCAAGAAGCCUCUGUCCGGCCAGCGCUUCACGUCCCGCGACGAGUUCGCCUACUGCCUGGGCUGCUUCUGCGACCUGUACGCCAAGAAAUGCGCCGGCUGCGCCAGCCCCAUCAGCGGACUGGGCGGCACUAAGUACAUCUCCUUUGAGGAGCGGCAGUGGCACAACGACUGCUUUAACUGCAAGAAGUGCUCGCUGUCGCUGGUGGGGCGAGGCUUCCUCACGGAGAGGGACGACAUCCUGUGCCCUGACUGCGGGAAGGACAUCUGAGCCCCUCCCCGACCCCCCUGCAGCCCCCCCAAGCCCUGCUCACGCUGCACCUGGCUCCACCAGCCACCUGGGGACUUGCCUCCGCGCUGCUCAGCGCUACUCACGUCUGUUUAAACCCUUCAUCUACCCUUUGCGC